AAUGAUUAUAUUUAUAGAUCUCUGGAACCUACUGACUCUGGUAUCUAUGAAUGUCAAGUAUCCAGCACUCCUCAUCUUUCUCAUCGAAUCCAUCUCAGUGUCAAGGAACCUGAAACCGUGAUCCUGGGUUCUCCUGAUAUAUUUGUGGACCAGGACAGUACAAUCAACCUGACGUGUAUCGUGAGCAACACGGAGAAACAUCCUCAUAAGGUUGACUGGUUGAAGAAUGGAAAGGUUGUGUCCUACCUGGGACCUAGGACUGGGGUUUCUCUCGUCACUGAUAAAUCUAUUAAAACAGUUGUCAGUUUAGUUAUGUCUGGAGCAAGAUCUAAGGAUUCUGGAACGUAUUCCUGUGUUCCAGACAAUGCUCCAACAUCAUACGUGAACCUGCAUAUUAUUAAUGGCGAGAAAACAGCAGAGCUAAGUGGAACUAGACAACUAACUAAACCUUCUUCAAUCUUUACACUUUGUUUAUCAUGUUUAUAUUUAUACAUGUACCUUUAAAUAUAAACAUUAUCAAUGUUUAGAACAAUUCAAGACACUUAAAGGGACUGUUCACGUAAUUACAAG